AUGACCCUCCCCGAGGUCGCGCCCUACACUUCUUAUCUUGUCUCUCCACAUCUCGACACGUCGAACCUGAGCCCAGCCUUCCGAGCAAGAGUCGGCGACAUGGAUCUCGGCAAUUUGCAUCGAGAGGCUAUGUAUGGAGUGCACGCAUUUCCGUUACAUGCCCGGCGCAACCAGAAACGCUCGCCUCUGUUGCGCCUUCCCGCAGAGAUCAGGUAUCGAAUUUAUGAGCUCAUAUUCACUGGAGCUACGGUCUAUGUGCUUAGCCCGCAUAUGGGCUACGAGACCAAGCCUAUCGAGUGGACAGCUACGUUAUCACCAAUCAGUGCAUGCCGACAGAUCCACCACGAAGCGAAGGCGAUCACGUAG